AACUACUUCUUUCUUCCAGGAUUCCGAGGCCAAAACUGCGACGAGAACAUCGACGACUGCCCCGGCCACCAGUGCCUUAACGGCGCCACCUGCCUCGACGCCGUCAACACCUACUCCUGCAAGUGCCCCUCCACCUACACGGGGCCCUUCUGCGAGCACGACGUCGACGAGUGCUCAUCCCGGCCGUCGGUGUGCCAGAACGGCGCCACCUGCACGAACAGCAUCGGCGGCUUCUCGUGCAUCUGCGUCAACGGGUGGACGGGCGCCGAUUGUUCGGCGAACAUCGACGAUUGCGCGGGCGCCGCUUGUUUUAACGGCGCCACGUGCAUCGACCGAGUGGGCAGUUUCUAUUGCAGAUGCACGCCGGGCAAAACAGGUCUUCUGUGUCACUUGGACGACGCCUGUACCAGCAACCCCUGUCACGCGGACGCGAUCUGCGACACGAGUCCCAUCAACGGAUCGUACACUUGCAGUUGCGCUUCCGGUUACAAGGGAAUCGACUGUUCCGAGGACAUUGACGAAUGCGAACAAGGUUCACCGUGCGAACAUGAUGGCAUCUGCGUGAACACUCCGGGCAGCUUCGCGUGCAACUGCACCCAGGGCUUCACGGGGCCCAGAUGCGAGACCAACGUCAACGAGUGCGAAUCGCAUCCCUGCCACAACGACGGAUCCUGUCUGGACGACCCGGGGACCUUCAGAUGCGUCUGCAUGCCAGGUUUUACUGGUACGCAGUGCGAAAUCGACAUCGACGAAUGCAAAGAGACCCCCUGCCUGAACGGCGGAAUCUGCCACGACCUCAUCAACUCCUUCAAGUGCACCUGCGCCACCGGCUUCACCGGCUCCCGAUGCCAGAUCAACAUCGACGACUGCACGUCCAGUCCCUGCAGGAACGCGGGCGUGUGCCACGACGGCAUCGCAGCCUACUCCUGCGAAUGCCCGCCGGGAUUCACCGGCCUCUCCUGCGAGACCAACAUCAACGACUGCCUGUCGAAUCCCUGUCUGCACGGCGAAUGCAUCGACGGAGAGAACUCGUUCACCUGCACCUGUCAUCCGGGGUAUGCUGGCGAGUUGUGCCAGCGCCAGAUCAACGAGUGCGAGUCGAAUCCGUGCAAGUAUGGCGGGAUUUGCCAGGACUUGGUCAACGGGUACCAGUGUCUGUGCAAGCCGGGGACUUCGGGGCCCAACUGCGAGAUCAACGUCAACGAGUGUUAUAGCAACCCGUGCAGGAAUAGCGCUAGAUGUGUGGAUGGUAUCAACAGUUACACCUGCGAGUGCAUCCCUGGAUUCACGGGCCGGCACUGCGAGAACGACUUGGACGAAUGCAACUCGAACCCUUGCGCGAACGGCGGCGUAUGCAUAGACCUGGUGAACGGCUUCAGAUGCGAAUGCCCCAGAGGCUACUUCGACGCUCGCUGCCUCAGCGACGUCGACGAAUGCAAAUCCAAUCCGUGCAAACACGGCGGCAGCUGCGAGGACGGCGUCAACCAGUUCAUCUGCCACUGUUUGCCGGGCUAUGGUGGCAAACAGUGCGAAAUCAACAUCGACGAAUGCGCCUCGAAUCCUUGCCAGCACGGAGGCAACUGUCGCGACCAUCUAGCCUCCUACACCUGCGAAUGCUUGCCGGGCUACUCGGGCAUCAACUGCGAGUAUAACAUAGACGACUGCGCUGUGAACCCUUGUAACAAUGGGGGCAGCUGCAUCGACUUGGUCAACGAUUUCAAGUGCGUUUGUGAACUGCCGUUUACCGGCAGGGAGUGUCAAGAGAGAUUGGACCCGUGCGUCCCCAAUCUGUGUCAGCACAACGCCAAAUGCACGCCAAGCUCGAAUUUCAUGGACUUUGCCUGCUCCUGUGGGGUAGGCUACACGGGGAGGUUCUGUGAGCAGGACGUAGACGAGUGUGUGGUUUCGAAACCGUGCCGAAACGGAGCUACUUGCAGAAACACCAACGGAUCCUACAUGUGCAUUUGUCAGAGAGGGUACGAGGGAAAGGAUUGCUCUAUCAACACUGAUGAUUGUGCUUCAUCCCCUUGCCAGAAUGGAGGUACUUGUCUGGAUGAAAUCGGUCAGUUCAUGUGCCUCUGUGUCAAUGGUUUCGAAGGUAAACAAUGCGAAAUCGAUAUAGACGAAUGUGCCUCCAAUCCUUGCCUGAAUGGCGCUACAUGCAACCAAUAUGUCGACUCUUACACUUGUACUUGCCCUCUUGGAUUUUCUGGAAUCAACUGCCAAACCAACGACGAAGACUGUACUGAAAGUAGCUGUAUGUAUGGAGGCACUUGUGUCGAUGGUAUCAACACCUAUAUUUGUACCUGUAAACUUGGAUACACUGGUUCGAAUUGUCAAAACAGGAUCAAUCUCUGCGAUAGUUCCCCUUGCUUGAAUGGAGCCACAUGCCAAGACCACACGACUCACUACACCUGUCAUUGUCCAUUUGGGUAUACAGGAAAAAAUUGUGCCGAGUAUGUCGACUGGUGCGCCACCAAUCCUUGCGAAAAUCAUUCAACAUGUCGACAAAUGAAAAAUCAGUACUAUUGCACCUGUGGACCUGGAUGGACUGGAAAAGUUUGUGACGUUGAAAUGGUUAGCUGUCAAGAUGCUGCCGCUAAGAAAGGUGUUGGCUAUAGUCAACUUUGUAACAACGGCACCUGCGAAAACAUCGGCAAUUCUCACUUAUGUCACUGCAAAGAUGGAUAUGCCGGUUCGUAUUGCCAGAAGGAGAUAAAUGAAUGUGAAUCGGCACCUUGUCAAAACGGCGCUACUUGCAAGGACCUUAUCGGCUCAUACAGCUGCAUUUGCUUAAAAGGUUUCCAAGGACAGAAUUGCGAAUUGAACAUCGACGAUUGUCAGCCGAGCCCAUGCCAAAAUGGAGGCACCUGUCACGACUUGGUCGAUAACUUCCUGUGCUCUUGUCCACCAGGAACUCUCGGAUAUAUCUGUGAAGUCAACAUCGAUGAUUGCCGACCCGAUUCUUGUCACAACAAUGGAACCUGUGUGGAUAAAGUUAGGGGAUUCGAAUGUAAAUGUCCGGCUGGUUUCGUAGGUCCGAGAUGCGAAGGAGAUAUCAACGAGUGCCUAUCGAAUCCUUGCUCGAACCCUGGAACCCUGGAUUGCGUCCAGCUGAUCAAUGAUUACCAGUGUAAUUGUAAACCAGGCUUCAUAGGGCGUCAUUGCGAACGAAAGAUCGAUAUAUGUGCCGCAAAUCCUUGUCGAAAUGGAGGAGCAUGCAUCCCUACCCAUUCCGGGCAUAAAUGCACUUGUACAGAAGGCUUCUAUGGAAAAUAUUGUGAAUUCAGUGGCUACGACUGCGAUUCGGAUCCCUGCAAGAACGGUGGAAUUUGCCGGAUAUCAGAUGGAGGCGGUUACGUUUGUGAUUGCCCUACAGGAACAACGGGGACAAAUUGUGAAGUCGAUUUGGUCAAUGAGUGUGACAGCAACCCAUGCUUACACCUUGAUGCCGUUUGCCAGAACAAAUUGGGCGACUACAUAUGCUAUUGUCCACCCAAUCGAAUCGGCAAAAAUUGUGAAAUAUAUGACCGCACUGCGCCGGCAGGUAUUGGAAAAGCAGUCAGACCUCAACAAGACUUCAACAGCUAUUAUGCAAUCGAUCUGGAGAAACAACGGCAACAGUGCAUCAAGAAUAAAUGUCCAAUGAAACGUGGGAAUAUGAGAUGUGACGAAGAAUGUAACACCUACGCUUGCGACUUUGACGGCAACGACUGUUCUCUCGGUAUAAAUCCUUGGGCUAACUGUACGGCUCCUACCAAAUGUUGGGAAGUUUUCAUGGACGGCGUUUGUAACGAGGAUUGUAACAAUGCUCAGUGUCUUUUCGAUGGACGAGACUGUGAAAAGAAACUUCAGGCUUGCAAUCCCAUUUAUGAUGCUUACUGUCAGAAACACUACGCUAACGGUUAUUGCGAUUAUGGCUGCAACAAUGCCGAAUGCAAUUGGGACGGCUUGGACUGCGAAAAAGAACCACCAGAGUUAGCUGACGGUGUCAUUUCUAUGGUGAUAUUGAUGGAUAUGGAAGGCUUCAAGAAAAACCUAGUAGCUUUCUUGAGAGACACCAGUCAUCAGUUGAGAACUACUGUUCGAGUUAAAAAAGAUCAACUAGGCAAUGAUAUGAUUUAUCCUUGGAUGGGUUCCACUCCAACAAGUAACCUGCAGGAUGAUUACUUCAAACAAAAACAUCAUAUUGCCUUCACCGAGACAGCCCAAAAUGGAGUUAAAAUUUACCUAGAAAUUGACAAUAGGAGGUGUACAACUAUGAUGGAAAACUUGGAUUUCUGUUUCCAAACGGCUAGUGCCGCUGCCGAUUUCCUAGCAGCCAAAGCAUCAAAACACACUUUGUCUUCAUCUUUCCCCAUCUACCAAGUGAACGGUUCCGAUGGUAUGGACAAGGAUGACAACCCACCAGCAAACGCCAAAUACGUACUGAUUGGCAUCCUGAUCGUCAUCUGCGUCAGCGCUUUCAUAGUCGUCGUCGUCCAAACGCAGCGAAAACGCGCCGCCGGAAUAACUUGGUUCCCCGAAGGAUUCCUGCGAACAAACUCCGGAACCAGAAGAAGGUCUCGAAGGCGCGGCCCCGAAGGUCAAGAACUGCGCAACCUCAGCAAAAACCCCUCGAUUCCCGGCAUGGACAUCGACCCUAACGGCCACCACGGACACGUGCCUCAGUGGUCCGACGACGAAAGCGACUUGCCCCAACCUAAGAGAUUCAGAGGCAACGAUCUGGGAUACUCUAGCGACCACACGGCCAUCACGGAAUACGAGGAGGCGGAGCCCCGCUGGACCCAGCAACAUCUGGAUGCUGCUGAUAUGCGCCCACCUGCUAUGCUGACUCCCCCGCAAGGCAACGAUCACGGGGACAUCAACGCCAGAGGACCCUGCGGGAUGACUCCCAUCAUGGUGGCCGCGGUCAGAGGUGGGGGAAUGGAUACCGGGAUUGAUGAGGAUGAUGAUGAUGGGGCUAUCAUACAAGAUUUGGUGGCCCAAGGUGCCGAACUGAACGCCACGAUGGACAAAACCGGGGAGACUUCUCUGCAUCUAGCAGCCAGGUACGCCAGAGCGGACGCCGCCAAACGUCUGUUGGACGCCGGCGCCGACGCCAACGCCCUGGACAACACCGGCAGGACGCCGCUGCACGCCGCCGUAGCCGCCGACGCCCGCGGCGUCUUCCAAAUCCUGCUCAGGAACAGGGCGACCAACCUGAACGCGCGGAUGCACGAGGGCACCACGCCCCUGAUCCUGGCCGCCCGUUUGGCCAUCGAGGGCAUGGUGCAGGACCUGAUCAGCGCCGAGGCGGACAUCAACGCGGCCGACAACUCGGGCAAGACGGCGCUGCACUGGGCGGCCGCCGUCAAUAACGUGGAGGCGGUGAAUAUUUUGCUGGCGCACGGGGCGAACAGGGAUGCGCAAGAUGACAAGGAUGAGACUCCUUUGUUCCUGGCCGCUCGCGAAGGUUCCUACCAAGCAUGCAAAGCUUUGCUGGAAGCUUAUGCCAACAGAGAAAUCACAGACCAUAUGGACAGGUUACCCAGGGAUGUUGCAAGCGAGAGACUGCACCAUGAUAUUGUGAGACUUCUAGAUGAGCAUGUUCCUAGAAGUCCACAAAUGGUCAAUGUCAUUCCCAACAACAACAUGAUGACAUCACCUACUGGUCACAUGUUACAACAACCCACAGUUAUCGUUCCUAAAAGGCAGAAGUCGAAAAGGCCUAGCAAGAAUAAUGGGCCGACCAGUCCAGAGGGCGAAGGUGUGCCCAGCACAGGAAGUAUACGUCGGAAGCCCAGCGUCAAAAAGAAUAAUAACAACAACAACGCGAACAAAAAGAAUACUCAACAGGGCGAGAUCCCGCAGAGCAUCGAUUCAGUGACGUCAGCCCUCAGCCCAGUCGAAUCUCCCAUGACAAAUUUGCCCAGUCCCUACGACGCCACAUCGUUGUACUCGAACAUGAACUUGGCUCAAGGCUUGGAGAGCCUCAUGAACAACAAACAACCUCCCAGUUACGAGGACGUCGUGAAAAACAACCUCGGCUUCACCUUGGACAACAACUACAGUGCCUUCAACAUAUUCCAAGACCAGAUCAUCAUGCAACAGAGACAGAUGCAGGCCAACACGCUCAGUCCUCCGUACUCGAAUCAAUCGCCUCCGCAUUCCGUUCAGUCGAACAUGUCGCUAUCGCCUCAGGGGUAUCAGGGCUCCCCCUCCCCCGCUAAGAACCGCCCCUCUCUCCCCACCAGCCCUACUCACAUCGCCGCCAUGCGGGCGGCCACCCAACAGAAGCACGGGGGAGUGCCGCAGGCGCAGAAUCUCCAGAUGGGCUACGACUUCAGCCAGACGGGCCUGGAGCUGCCCAUGGCGUAUUCAGGAAUGGCGAGCACCACUCCGGCCACGCUGCAGCCCCAGCAGUUCCAGCACCAGAACUUCUAUCUCACCCCUCCCUCUCAGCACUCCGACCACCUGCUGCCGGAGAAUUUUCCGACGCCCAGCCCGGAGAGUCCGGGCCACUGGUCUUCGAGUUCGCCGCGGUCGUGCAACUCGGACUGGUCGGAGAACGUGGCCAGCCCGAAUACUUACGUGUCCACGGGACACCAGACUAACAAAGGCUCCGACGCUAUUUAUAUUUAGGUGUUUCGACGCAAGUUGUGAUCUUGUUAUAUCUCGAAAGAGGUGUUUGCUGAAAAUGACAUGGCGCUUCUGAUGAAAAAUACAGAUGGUAUUUAACCCUGAUAAUGGUAGAUGUUCGUACCAUUAGAGUAGGAUGGUUGAGGAAUCAUCUCCAUAUUUUGAAAUCUCAACGAGGACUUAGGGCAUGUAUCAGACAACAUGAGUUCAUCUUCAGCGACAUUAUAUUGAUGGUAAGUUUUCUAAAGCUCUCCUAUGAAGUUUACAAUAAAUUCUUUCCUUUGUUCCAGUAAGUACAGUUGGUCAGAUUAUAAUUAUCUCGUUCUAAAAUACUUCUUAUGAAACAUAUACUUUCACUCGGUGUUUAGCUCAUUUAGGGAUUAUUAUCAUUGAACAAAGAUGGAACUACAUGUUCACAUGCGUUUCAUAAUGAGAUCAGACGAAUAAUUGUCUGUCUUAGUAAAAUGAGCACUUGUAGCUAGUUAUCCAUCAUAAUGUAAAUUCUUUGAUGUUUUAUGAGAAUUCCUCAUCUAUGAAACUAGGGUGAAGGCGAGUUAAUGGUAGUUCGGGACAUGUCCCCAAUUCUUCGUCUUGACUGGAAGUUGGAGUGAUGAUUUUGAAAUUUUUUCAUUCUUCAAUAUGUGUUGCUAUGACACUUCAAAUUACUCCCAUUCAAAGUGUAGAUGAAAAUAUCAAAUCGAUAUUGCCCUCACAACUUCUAAUAAUAUUCAGAAUAUAUUUUGAAAUCACAUAGUUCAUGGUGAUCAAAAAACUAUUCUUUUGAGUUCAAAUAUUGAAUAAAGACACCUACUACAAAAGUGACACGUUUUUGGAAUGAAACAUAUAAUAUUUGUAUAAUAUGUAUGUAAAAAUCUCAUGAAACUAAAUCCUCAAAUAACCAAAAACUUUGAUUAAAGAAAAAAAUUAGAACAAAAAUGAAUUUCCUUUUCUAUCGUGUUUCAUAAUUUUUGACUUCAUAUUCUUCUCCAUUUUUUCAAAUAUCUUGAAAUGUUCAUUCCAGUUUUUGAUAUUAUUCGUUCCCUUGAAAGUGGUUUCAAAAAAUCAAUAUCUUCAAUUACCUAUUCCAAAGAGAUGGAGUUGACAGUGAUAAAUCACACAAUAAACAUGUCAUCAUUGCAUUUUCCAAUUUUUCAAAAAAAAUUGAACAUUGUUAUUAUUUGAGUAAUUGAUUUUGGACGUAUUUUCACUUAUUGUCUAAAUAUAUACCUCGGACAGUGAAAAUAAUUUGACUACAAAGUAUUUUUGAACAUAACUUCAUGACAUCAAUAUUGUAUAAUUUCAACUGAUGACAAGUAUGAUGAGCAAAAAGUUUCGAAUAUUUCAAUAUUCGAUUAUUUAAUGUAUUGAAUCCAAACGAUAAUUCAUCAUAAAACAACCAUAAAUGUCCUUGAACAUUUUCAAACACAUUCUAUGAUAUCUAGUUUUUUGGAUUUCACAAUAGCAUAAUAAGUAUGAUUUUUCGAAGCAAAUCGAAAUGAGAUUUAGGGACAUGAAAUUAGAUUUCAUAUACAGAUCUGGGAUAAAAUUACCGGUAUAUAAGAUUUAGAAGCCAGUCGACCAGCAUAAAAUAAAACAGUUGUAGGCGAUGGAUAAUCAAGUAGUCAGAAUGGAAAUGGAAACAGUUGUCUAGUUGAAUACUUGAUUAUCCAUCGCAUAUACGAGGUGUUUUUGAAAUGGGUACAUCUAUUCAACGCAUCAAUACUGGAGACCCUGAACAAAUUUACCCCCCUGUAUCUUCUUUGCUAUUUUGUAUCUAUGUUUCAAGUAUAUGGUACAUCGAUUUGAAUUCAUUAGUGUAUGAUUUCGCUAGUAUAAGACUAAAUAUGGCGCUUCCAGUUUGACCGGAGGUGCAUUCAAUUUUCUUAUUUCAAAUACAAAGUAUAAUUUCUUUGUGAAAAUUACGAUUCGGUGUGAAAUUACCUUUCCAACGAAUGUAUCACUAUCAUAUUAUCAAUUUACGAUCUACUGGUACAUAUAAUUGGGAUUUUAUAGAAAAAAUACUCUUUGAAUGCCCCUCGUAACGGGUAGAAAAAUAAUAAGAAUGAAUAUUUUGUUUCGUCUGAUUUUUCAGUUUUGAUGAUAAUUCUAAAACCAUAUUCAUUCAAUAUCAUAGCCAAAAACUAAAAUUGUAAAAAUAUUCAGUGUGCAUAAAAAAAAUUGUCUAAAAAUCUUGACAUUCAAUAAUUGUUACUCACAGUCACAUGCUAUUGUUUCAUUAUCCUUAGCGCACUUUCAUGAAAAUAUUCCGUUAAGAGAGGAAUACAAAAAGAUUUUUUUUAUAAAAUCCCAAUUAUAUUAGUAGAUUUUGUAUUGAAAGUAUGAUUGUGAUAUAUCGUUGGAAAGGUAAUUUCAUACU